UUACCUUCUUUUCCUUUGGACCUCUUCCAGCUCUCGUUGCCUGCCCUUCCUUCUAAUUAUAUUCAAAAUAAUGGGUUAGUUAAUAUUGAAAAAGACACACCCGAGUAUCCUCUAUCUCAGCUACGUAUCUUGCAAGCUUACCCCAGAUGAUUAUUAUAUUAUAUUGAAGACUGCUCUGCUCUGCCUCUCCUCCCUGCACGCUGCGUGCAAUAUUUCAUAUAGUUUUCCUGCGUGGCACCACUCCGACAACCGCACGCAGGCCAGUCGUCGAGACAAAUGAAGAAGCUGAGGUCAUUAGCUGCGGCAGCCAACAGAGUCUGUGAGCCUCUCUUGCUCCUCUUGUUUCUCGCUGCCGGUUCCGUCCUCCACUCUCCGGUUCAGGGUGCCAUCCAUCACUAUGACUUCGUGCUUAAGGAGAACAAUUUCACGAGGCUAUGCAGCACCAAGAGCAUGCUGGUGGUGAAUGACAGCUUCCCGGGCCCUGUGAUUCGGGUCUACAAGGGGAUACUGUGUAUGUCAAUGUCCAUAACCAAGGAGAUUACGCUGUUACCAUCCACUGGAUCUUGGUAUAAUAUCAAUGUCAAUGAAGUAGUCGACGAGGACUUGGCGACUGGAGCGGACACGCCUCGUUCAAUUGCCUUUGUGAUCAACGGCCAACCAGGAGACUUUUGUGAAUGCUCUUAAGGUGGUGUCACUAUCGUAUUCAUCAUCUGCAUUGAAUUUGUAACCUUUAUCCUUUAAUUUCCGAUCACACACAGACAUUAGUUGUCAUAUAUUACGGAACAAGUCGUGAAGUGUUCCCUAAGUUUGACCAAAGGCAGGGAAAUAAAUUGGGGACUUAACAAAAAAUUUGCCAAACGAUCACUCAGUGGACUAUGUAAUAUAAGCAGCUGGGUUGUGUGUGUGCACGAGCAUUUUGGUAACUGAUGUGUAGUUGAUUUCUUGA